CGUCGCCACGCUGCCGUCGCACGCAACGCAACCCACGCCGCCGUCGCUGCCGACUCGGCUGUGCACUACUAUAUUUUCACGAAUCUGCCGUUGUUUUUCGAACUUCCUUAAUGAAUGCAAUAGCUAAAAGUAACUUUUGAAUGUUGAAAAUAAAGUUACUUUAGUUUUAAUAACUUUAGUAAACUUUUCAAGCUUAGUUUUUUUUUGUGUAAAGAUAUUUAAAACGAUAUUUAAUUGGUGAUGUGAUAUGGCUAGGCGACGACAGUACACUAAUUGCGCAUGGCUGUUGUUAGCCGGAUGCGCGUGGGCAUGCGCGCUGCUCACUUCUGUCGCUGCUGAAGCACAUCCUGAUGUUGAUACGUCCACUGGACUUGGUGAUAACACACUCACUAAUUCAGUGGUGGAGGAGCCAGAGUUUACGGACGUCAUACAAAACGUGACGGUGCCAGCCGGCCGGAGCGUGCGACUCGCCUGCUCCGUCAAGAACCUCGGCUCUUACAAGGUGGCGUGGAUGCACUUUGAGCAGUCAGCAAUCCUCACAGUUCACAACCACGUGAUCACGCGCAACCCUCGCGUUAGUGUCACUCAUGACAAACACCGCACGUGGUUCCUGCACAUCAGUGAUGUCAGGGAGGAGGACCGGGGGCGCUACAUGUGCCAGAUCAACACCGUCACUGCUAAGACACAAUUCGGAUAUCUACAUGUUGUCGUGCCGCCGACCAUCGACGACUCGUUGAGUUCGAGCGACGUUAUCGUGCGAGAGGGCGCCAACGUCACGCUGACGUGCCGCGCUAAUGGCUCUCCUAAGCCCACCAUCAAGUGGAAACGGGACGACAACUCAAAAAUCUCCAUCAGCAAGGGACAUUCCGUUUCCGAGUGGGAAGGUGAAGUGUUGGAGAUGGCUAGAAUUUCCCGGCUAGAUAUGGGUGCCUACUUAUGCAUUGCUAGUAACGGCGUGCCGCCAACAGUGUCAAAGCGGGUCAAAGUCAGCGUUGAUUUUCCACCCAUGUUAUGGAUUCCUCAUCAGCUCGUGGGUGCACCGCUUUACUACAACGUGACUUUGGAAUGCUUCACAGAAGCCCAUCCAACUUCCCUGAACUAUUGGACUAGGGAUGAUGGUCACAUGAUUCAUGAGAGCCCCAAGUAUCACAUGGAGAAUACUGUAGGAAUACCAGCUUAUAAGACUCACAUGAGACUACUCAUUAGGAAUAUCAACACUGAAGACUAUGGUACAUAUAAGUGUAUAGCUAAGAAUCCGAGAGGCGAGUCUGAUGGUACCAUUCGCUUAUAUACUUCAUCACCACCGACGACCACACCGGAUCCCCGUGCGCUGACCAUACCCCCACCGUCUAGACCUCCUCGCCGCGACACUCCACUCACAGACAAGGGUACUAAAUAUCAAUCAAACCUUAACGAAAUUGACAAGGGCAAACAGAAAACAGAUGAAGGUGGUGGGAAGACACACUUGAACUGGGUGGGAGGUGCAUCGCAGGUUACAGGCGACGCUGACUGGAGGAGAAGCUCUAUAUGGGUUAUAGCGUCACUAAUCGCUGUGCCAUAUUAUAUUUUAAUGAUGUAACUCCAUCAUCAUUCAUUCGAACACUGUCCAUGUACACACGUAGGUACCCGAGCUUGGCUCGCCCGAGAUAGUGCAAAUUAAAAGGAAAUUGUUUUUAUCUUUCGUAUUCCGUACACGUCAUGCGAGAUAAAUUCAACGUAUUACCUGUUAAUUCUCGCCUGUACAGGGUGGCCGAGAAAUCAACGCUAAGCUGAUAAUGGACGAUAUAUAUUUAUUGUUUAUCAAUACGGGGCUAUGAUUAGUUAAAAAAAACAAGAAUCAUACAACAAAUAUUUGGAAA